AUGGAGACUUCCUCGCUGCCUGGGGAUUAUGUCGCAGGCUCAACGCCAGAUCCCUCGAAAGUCGAAGAGAGCGCGACUGCCCUUCCUACCCACAACGCAUCCGCGCCGCGCUUGAAUCCGCGAAGUUGUGUCACAUGUCGACGACGCAAGGUCCGAUGUAACAAAGAAAAUCCAUGUGCUAAUUGCGUAAGAGCUGGAAUUGAAUGCGUCUUCCCUGCUCCGGGAAGAGCUCCACGCAAGUCCAAAAAAGCCCCAGACGCGGAGCUCCUGGCACGAUUGAGAAGACUGGAGGGCGUCGUCCACAGCCUAGGAGCGCAGGUGGAUGACAACGGGCUUGUAUCGCCCAGCAUCACAGGAUCAGCAGACAUCCGUGCCCGCACAUUCGGUGAGACACAUUCAGGAGACUCGCCCACAUCAGAUCGCUCGGACUCGAAAAGGCAGUCGAUUGACAGAACCCUGGGUCGGCUGGUCAUCAGCGACGACCGCAGCCGAUAUGUCAGCAACACCUUCUGGACUAGCAUGAGUGAUGAGAUCGCCGAGAUGCAAGAUCUGCUUGACGCUUCGACGACCGAUGACGACGACGAAAGCAACUCGCCUAUACAGGAUCGUCAGGCUGGAAACCAUCAAGGUUUUCUGUUCGGAUAUUCCUCCAUGAUGCUGGACUUGAGGGAGUUGCAUCCCAGCCCCAGUCAGAUCUUUAUCUUAUGGGAGGUCUUCAAAGAAAAUGUUGAUCCCGUGGUGCGGAUGCUACAUCGGCCCACCGCCAGAACCAUUCUCAUGAAUGCCGCAAGCAGCUUGGAUCGAGUGUCCAGGCCAGCAGAGGCUUUGCUUUUUUCCAUCUACUAUGGAGCUGUGGUGAGCAUGACGCACGAGCAAUGCCGGCAGUUGCUGGAUGAAGACAAGGACUUCCUCCUGAAGAGAUAUCGCUUUGCGACCGAGCAGGCUUUGGCUCGAGCGGAUUUUCUGAACAGCUCCAGUCUGAUGUGUCUGCAGGCCUUUUCGUUUUUCCUUGUCUUUGUCCGGCACGUUGACGAUUCACGACUAGUGUGGGCCCUGGGAGGGCUUGCCCUACACCUCGCGCAAUCCCUGGGCAUUCACCGUGACGGCACUAAUUUUGGCCUGAGCCCGUUCGACACGGAGAUGAGACGACGUCUGUGGUGGCAUCUGUCGCUUCUGGACAAUCGAGCCGCCGAAGACCAUGGCACGGAUCCCACAUUUACCGAACAAUUCUACGACACGAAACUUCCCAUGAACUAUAAUGACGAGGACAUCUAUCCUGGAAUGAAAGAGUAUCCCGCGGAGAGACAGGGUGCGACUGAGAUGACCUUUUGUUUGAUCCGCUUUGAGCUGAGCAUCUUCUCACGACGGCUCAACUGGACUGCGCCCGGUCCCACGCCGGGGCACAUGAGAGAUAUGACCCUCGAGGAAAAAGAAAAAUUGAUUGACAAUUGUGCCCGCGACUUGGAAGAGAAAUAUCUGCGGCACUGUGAUGCCAACGUGCCUAUCUACUGGGUCUCGGCGACGGUAGCUCGACUCAUUCUGGCCAAAAACUGGCUGUCCAUUCAUCAUCCUCGAUCUUUCGGCGCUACGAAUGUAGAAUCGUUAUUGCCGCAAGAGGUGCGAGAUCGUGUCUUCAUUACAUCGGUCGAAGUGAUUGAGUUUACACAUUUACUGGAGAAGAAUGAAAACACCGCCAAGUGGGGUUGGUUCUUUCGGACAUAUAUGCAAUGGCAGUCUGUCGCCUUUGCCUUGUCAGAAAUUUGCAUCAGACCACCGGGACCCGACGUCGAGCGGGCUUGGCGAGCCAUUGAUUCAGUCUAUGACGAUAGAGUGAUCAAGAACUCCAAGUACCAGAAGGGAAUGCUAUGGAAGCCCUUGCGGCAUCUGAUGGCCAAGGCCCGAGUACGACGAGAAGCGCAACGGGCGGCGCAAACGACAGGAACAGACACUUUUUUUACUGAUGUGGACAGCUCAACAGGCCUGCACAAAUUUGCACAGGACUAUCCGGACAAUUUCAUUUCCAACACAAUAGAAGCUUUCGGCAUGACACUCGACCAGCCAUACUCGGAAACUGUACCGUCGCAGCCAGCGACAACACCCUCGACCCGAGUCCUCGAAACGAUGCACGCGAACCUAGGGCGAGACCAGUCCCAGGGUGGAACAAACGAAACAACGUGGACUCCAGGACAAAUGUCGAUGUCCCACGAUGAGAUCUUAAACUUUGGAUGGUCGCCGUCGUUGGGCGAUUUCACGGGACGACAGGAACCAUUCGGACGAUUUUUCAUGAAUGCGCAAGAAGAAUGGUUUUGA